UAUUCAUGCAUUAUUUUCUUGCUUUAUUCUUUAAAUGGUUAAAAAUAACUCAUUUGCCUAUCUGUGUAACAACAGGAUUGUAGGGAUAUUUUGUAUGACAGAGAACUGACUGAAGAAAGUUUGUUUGUUUUAGUUGGGGAAAUGAAAACCCAGUGCUUAAUGCGGAGAGUUUUUGAAGAGUAACAACAGAGAAUGGAUAAGUGAAACACUAAUGGGGACAUGAUGCACAUUGUAUAGUUUCAAAAAAGAAUAAUUUGGGAAGAAGGUUCAGCAUGAAGCCCUGGGAAAGAAAGAGGAGACAACACAGGACACUGUGCCCCAACUUAAACAUGCUAAGUGUGCAGAGGAGAGAAAAAAAGCAGCAUGUAAUUUGAUCAUCUUUUUCACAGCCAUCAAUUACCUUGCAAGUUUCUGAAUUAAACUGAACUAAAACAUACUUAUAGAAUUUCUGUUUGUCUGAUAGCAAUGUAUGCACUUUCCUCAUAAGGGCUUAUUUUGCUUAUCAAAUGUCCAGAGUGUAGAACCAAGGUGUUACGAGACCAGAUUCACAACCAUACAUCUUUACCUAUCAGAAAGGACUAAUGAACCUCUCAUCUAGGUACUGGCUUUUCUGAAAUGAUCCAAAACCUAUCCUGCACUUGUUCUUCAUGACUCAGUGUAUUGCCAAAGUAUUUCCUUUCCCUUAAAAUAGGCUCAUCUGUAUCUCAACUACAUGUUGUGCCAAAAUACUUAAUGUACCAGUUCUGAACUUUGUCAAAACAAAUGUUUCUUCACUGUUCUCCCCAUUCUAGAGCCUAGAACUUGGAUCUAACAGUGCAAAAAAAGUUUUAUUUUCAGUGGUAUGCAAUCUGAAAGAUGGCAUUGCACCUUUGACCACCCACACCCCUAUUUACAAUGCCACAUUUUCAAUCUCCUGGGAGUGCACAUCUCACACAAUGGAGUACCUGGUAAGUCUCUGAAAACUUGUGCCAACAAACUGGCGGGAGUAUUCAAGGACAUUUUCAACCUCUCACUGCCAUGGGCAGAAGAUCCCCUUGCUUCUAAAAGGCAACAAUUAUACCAGUGCCUAUGAAGAAUAAUGUGAGCUGCCUUAAUGACUAUUUCCCAGUAGCACUCCAAUCUAUAGUGAUGAAAUGCUUUGAGAGGUUGGUCAUGACUAGACUGAACUCCUGCCUCAGCAAGGGUCUGGACCCACUGCAAUUUGCCUAUCGCCACAAUAGGUCAACGGCAGAUGCAAUCUCAAUGGCUCUUCACACAGCCUUAGACCACCUGGACAAUACAAACAUCUACGUCAGGAUGCUGUUCAUCAACAGUAGCUCAACAUUUAACACCACCAUUCCCACAAUCCUGAAUGAGAAGUUGCAGAACCUGGGCCUCUGUACCUCCCUCUACAAUUGGAUCCUCGACUUCCUAACCAGAAGACCACAAUCUGUGCGGAUUGGUGAUAAUAUCUCCCCCUCACUGACGAUGAACACAGGUGCACCGCAGUGGAGUGCUUAGCCCAUUACUCUACUCUCUCUAUACCUAUGACUGGUGGCUAGGCUUAGCUCAAAUACCAUCUAUAAAUUUGAUGAUGAUACAACCAUUGUUGGUAGAAUCUCAGAUGGAGAUGAGAGGGCAUACAGGAACAAGAUAUACCAACUAGUGGAGUGGUGUCACAGCAACAACCUUGCACUCAACAGCAGUAAGAUGAAAAAGCUAAUUUUGGACUUAAGGAAAGGUAAGAUGAAGGAACACAUACCAAUCCUCAUAGAGGGAUUAGAAGUGGAGAGAGUGAACAGUUUCAGCUUCCUGGGUGUCAAGAUCUCUGAGGACCUAACCUGGUCCCAACGUAUUGAUGUGGCUAUAAAGAAGGCAAGACAGUGUCUAUACUUCAUUAAGAGUUGGAAGAGAUUUGGUAUGUCAACAAAUACACUAAAAAAACUUCUAUAGAUGUACUGUGUAGAGCAUUCUGACAGGCUGCGCCACUGUCUGGUAUGAGUGGGGGUAGGGGGCUACUGCACAGGACCGAAAGAAUGUAGAGGGUCGUAAAAUUAGUUGGCUCCAUCUUGAGUAUUAGCCUACAAGGUAAUCAGGACAUCUUCAAGAGCGGUGUCUCAAAAAGGAAGCCUCUAUUAUUAAGGACCCCCAAGCACCCAGAGCAUGCUCUUUUCUCACUAUUGCCAUCAAGUAGGGGGUACAGAAGCCUGAAAGCACUCACUUGGUGAUUCAGGAACAGCUUCUUCUCCUCUGCCAUCCGAUUCCUAAAUGGCCAUUGAUCCUGUGAACACUACCUCACUUUUUUAAUAUAUAUUAUUUCUGCUUUUGUAUAAAUUUUUAUCUAUUCAUUAUAUGUAUAGUUAUUUAUUAUUAAUGUUUUCUUUUAUAUAAUGUAUUGCAUCAAACUGCAAUUGCUAAGUUAACAAAUUUCACGGCACACGCUGGUGAUAACAAACCUGAUUCUAAUUUUGAUUCAUGAUCCCAGAACACAUACUAUACAAUUGGAAAAGCUCACCAGUGUCUACUUUCUGAGGAGGCUGAAGAGAGCUGGACUAUGUACAUCUAUACCAUGGGUUCCCAACCUUUUUUAUACCAUGAACCCUUAACAUUAACCGAGGGGUCCAUGGACACCAGGUUAGGAAUCCCAGAUAUGUACUCAUGUCUUUUUACAAAUGUGCAGUAGAGAGCAUCCUAACAUACUGCAUCACUACAUGGUAUAGAAACUGCACUGCAGGCUCUACAGUGGGUAGUCAAAACUGCCCAAUGCAUCACUGGAACGAGCCUACCUACCAUCAAAGAUACACACAGAAAGGUGCUAGAGAAGAGCCAGUAAUAUCAUGAAGGAUCCCACUCACCCUAAUCAUGGACUGUUUGUCCCACUGCCAUCAGGGAGGAAGCUACGUAGUGUCCACAUCAGGAGCACCAGACUCAAGAACAGUGACUUUUCCCAAGCAGUAAGGUGAGCAACACCUCCACUCCUGCAGGCAAUGAGAGAAUAAAAUUUAAGUGUAAGCUACAUUAUUAAUUUAAUUGAAGUGAGAAAGGAUAAUCUUCCAGUUGAGUUUAAAAAAAAAAUUUUGACUUUAUAUUGGUGAUCACUUUACUGCUUACCAUUGCUAUCUCUGGGAACUUCCAACUAGUCUUGGAAACUUCUGUAAUUUCAUCUUCAUCUCCUGAGCUGUGAUGGCAAAAUUAUUUAAAGUAUUGCAUUGAAGCAAUGGUUUGAGAAUGUAUUGGUGUGCCAACUGUUUUAAUUCUGUAACUUUGCUUUGCAGAUAAAAAAAUCACUUUCCCUACCAUGCAAUCAGGAAGCACCCCCAGGAGAUCAGCUCCCGCAUCAUCCAGAAGUAACAAAAAGUAUGGGUUAGCAGCCUGCUUGACUGAAGGAACAGUAGCCGUGCUGUGUCAUUGCUGGAUGAUGAGUUUUUUAAUAAGUUAGCACAGGAGGCUGCCAAGGACAAUGAUGAGUCUGAGAUUUCAGAGGUCGAUCACCAGGCCCUAUUAGAAACAAUGAAGGAUAUUGAUGACAUGGAUGCCGACCUCUUUGGGAAGAAGAAUCGGCCCUCUGCUCCAACACAACCUGCUGAAUAUCCUGCUGUCACAAAAGACUCCAAACCAGAAUCUUCCAGAACUGUACAUAGACCUUCAACAGUGAAAGAUUUAUCUGGUCAGAAAGAAAAUCAUCACUGUGUUGCUACCACUUUCAGGAACCAUUACAAGAAGUUUACAUUUGAUGAUGAAGACGAUCCAUUGGCAGGGAUUCUUUCUGAUGAAGAAGAGGAACCAAAGAAAAAAGCAGAAUCAGAACAAAAACUGACCCUCUCAAACAUAGAUCUUCAAGCACACAAGAAGGAGGAGAAAGUUCCCUCCAGCUCAGCAUCUAUUCCAGUUAUGACUACUGCACAGAGGAAAGAAGAAUUGUUCUUUGAUGAUGAAGGAGAUGAUCUUAUGGAUGCCCUUGGAUUUGGAGACAGUUCAGAGACAUCAAAGCAGUUGAAGAGAGUGGAAGAAGAGACACUGCGUCCCGCUCGUUCGAAGCUGGAUGAAUUGUUAGGAAGAAGUACAGUCAAGAAGUUACUUGAGCAACCCUCAACUGGUGAAAGGAAAGAAUUUAAACUAGAUCCCAAAUACAAAAAAACACAAGAAAAGGAGGACCACCUGGAUGAUUUUGCAUUCGGUUCCUACCAGCCAACUGUGGCCACAGCCCCAGAGGAUCGUCAGACCAGGCGUCAAUCAGUGAGAUUUAGCUCAGAGGGAGAAAGGAAAUCCAAUAUUGAUCAGAAACCCAAAACAACCACACCGUCAGUAACCCCAAUGCAAGCACAGGGAAAUAAGGGAGCUGCUGACUGGCUGGGCCUGAAGGACGAUGAUGUUCCUGAUUUGGAUAAUCAAACCUCAGCCAAGGAAGUGCAGAAAAGGUCAAUGUUUUUCAAAGCUAUGUCUGAUUCCAAUCUUUCAGCCAGCCAUGACCAAAGUAAAAGGCCACACUCAGCCGGGCGUCCCCCAUCUGCACCAAAGCCAAAUGAGAAGACGCCAGUCAGAUCUUCACAUUCCAACUCAAAGACUGAUGAAGCUGAUGUAGUGAAGGAUGAUUGGUUGAAGACGAUACUAUCUCAAAAGUCUCAAGCUUCAGAAUCUCAUCCUUUGACAUUGAGUGAUGAAGUUGGUAGAGUGGCAGGCAUAUGCAAACAAAGUGGAAUGCCAGAUGCACAUGGAGAGUCAUCACUCGCUGUAGUAAUAGAACCGACAGCUCUUAAUGAUCAUGUAGAUCCUCGGUCAUCAUUUUCAAAAGAGAUUUCACAAAAGCAGGCUGUUCCACCAGUUUUGUCUGAUUCUUUGAAAGAUUCCAUCGUCAAAAACAUAGACUUGUCUGCAUCUGUCCAAGAUCUGCCAGAAGAUAAACUACCUGCCAUACAGAUUCCCAGGUUUAAUAAAGCAAAACUCAGCAGCUGCUGUAAAUCCGAAAAAAAAAACAAUAUUGUAUCACUGUCUACUGAUCAACUGCAGCAGUUACUUCAACUCCAGCUGCUUCAGUCAAAGUCUGAGAGACAAGGUUCAAAUGUGGAUAGGCCCGAUGCUGUGGAACUGAAGAAUAGACAGACAAACAUGCAGAAGAAGCUGAAGAAUGAGGAAGCUGAACAGCAAGCAACCCUGAAGGCUGCUGAGAUCAAAAUCGUUGAGUUGGAGUGUAAGGUGAGAAAGCUGGAGCUGGAGCGAGAACAGCAAAGGAGUCUGUUGGAGAGCCUGCAGCAGCAACAUAAGGAUGAUCUAGACCUGAUAGAAGAUGCACAUAGGAAUCGUUUGAAGAUAAUUGAGUUAUCGUAUCAGCAACAGGUGGCUAGACUGCAAGAUGAGAAUCGGGAACUCUCUGAGCAGCACGUGGCAUGGCAACAGUGCCUGGAUCGAGAGAGAUCAGAAAUGGUUGCACGGUACCAGCGCAAACUGAGCGAAUUUGAGGAGGAAAAAGCCAAGGAGAGGGAGCGGCUCAGAGAACUACAGCGACAGUCAAUUGCAGAAAUGCAAAGACAACAUGAAGAGCAGUUACAGUAUAUACAGCAACUGAAGGAGCAGGAGAUCGAUGCUGUCACCAGUGCAUCCUCACAUACAAGAUCACUCAAUGGUAUCAUUGAGCAGAUGGAAAUCUUCUCUGGGAAGCUGAAUGAUCUUUCCUAUAAAGUGGAAAGCACACAUCAGAGCACGGCCCAUGAGAUGGAGAUCAAUGCACGGUUACGAGAUGAGCAGCAGCGAGCUCAGCAGGAUAGACUGUUACACCAGCAGAGAGACCUAGAGGAAGAGAGGGCACGUCUACAAGAUGUUAUAAUUAAGAUGGAGAUCAGGCUGAAUGAACAAACACGACUUCUUGAAAAGGAGCGGUGGAGGGCAUCAGCAGAGCAAAGUAAAGUGGAAUCACUGCAGCGAUCCCUGGAGGAAGAACGUAAACUCAUGAAUCAACACUUCAGUAUUGAGAGGGAGGAGCUGGAGAGGGCAAAGAGUGCCUUGCUGGAGGAGCAGCAGUCAACGAUGCAGCGCUGUGCCGAGGAACGUCGAAGACUGGCUAGUGAAUGGGCAGAGUUUCACACACAACAGAAACUGAACAGUGGGCGGAUAGAACGAGAUACCAAUCGUUCCUUACAGCUCAAUGCACAGCAAGAAGGAGCAAUCUUCAGCCUGGCAAAAGAACAUGCUGAAUUGAAGUUAAAAGCCAUGCAAAUGAAAUCAAAGGAGGAAAAGCUAGCUGAGGAACGAGAGCUGCUGAAUCAAGAGCGUCAUGAACUACAGCUGGAAAAGGAGAAGAUUAACGCUAUGGCAAUUCGCAUCAAGCAGAGGGCUGAAGAGGUGGACAACAUGAGUAAGCUUGCCUCUCAGAAGUUUGAGGAAGGGGAACAAGCUUUUAUGGAAGCCAGACGGGUAGAGUCUGAGCACCAAGCACGACUGCAUGCUAUCCAACGGAAAAUGGAGAGACUUCAGCAGCAAGAACAGCAGAUACACCAGGAGCGUUUGAGUCUAGCCCAGCAACGAUAUCAACCACGCAAAUUCACAACAGAAAUUCCCAUCAAUACACUGGUGCCACCUAUCAGGAACCAAAUGGUACCCAUGGUAGACCAUUCUUAUCUUUCUCCAAUGCGUGAGAAUGCUCUUCAGGGUACACCUGGGAAUUCCGGAUCAGAUCAAUAUACUGAGAAAAUUGUAGGAUCUGAGGCUUCUGAAUUGGGGGCCAAACUUGCUGUUUUCAGACUUGCUGGUGAGAAGGAUCGUGAUUUUCUUGAAGAUGAGCAGUUCUUCCUGGAGACGCUGAAGAAAGCUCAAUAUAAUGUAUUUAGCCAAACAGCAUAAAAACUGCAUGAUGCUGGUC